GACCCGCUGGUUUCAUUGCCGCAUUCCGGAGGCAGUCGCAUCGCGCGCGCCGACUGUGCUGUACGCACUGUCGCACUCGAAACAUGCUGUCACUACUCAUCAUCGCCGUCCUCGCCGCCGCGGCCGCACAGAACGACACCGACCCUCCGCCACCCCUGGCGCGCCGAGAACAGUUCCGCGUCAUCUACGAAUGGACCUCCAUCGACUACGAGUGGCCAUCCCCCGAAGAACGGGAGGCCUACCUCAAUACCAGCCGAUACAUACCUCAAAACGUCCUAAUAUCUGGAAUAAACUUCUACGGAGAAAACCUGUUCCUGACGAUGCCGAGGAUGCUGGACGGAGUGCCGGCGACGCUGGGCACGAUCCCGGUGCGGCCCACCAGCACGGCGCCGAAACUGCAACCAUUUCCUAGUUGGAGCGAUAAUGCAAUCGGAAAUUGCAGUGCCUUGCAAUUUGUACAAAAUGUUGAAAUUGACCGCAACGGCAUAAUGUGGAUUCUGGACAACGGCCGCGUUGGAACUCUCACCCCUAAACCGGACACGAAGUGUCCACCCUCCAUUGUCCUGAUUGACCUCAAGAGCGGUGACAAUAAAAUGGAACGUAUUCCAUUUUCCCCUGAUGCUGUGAAUCCCGUAAAUACGUAUUUAAACGACCUGGUAGUGGACAAUCGUGACGGAGAUUUCGCAUAUAUUACGGACAAUAGUGCUGUCGACCCCGGCGUCAUAGUUUUUCGUCGUAGUGACAAAAAAUCGUGGAAAGUUCGGGACAGCCGCUCUAUGACAUCUGUAAAAGAUGCUACGUUGUUCCGCAUCAAUGGAACUACCGUGAAUCUACCGGUGAAUAUCGACGGUAUUGCUUUGGGGCCACAGUUCAGAACACUCGACGGCAAGGUCGACAGAACAGUUUAUUACAGCCCGCUUUCCAGUUUUCAUCUAUACGCAAUCAACGCUUCUAUUUUACGCAAUGAGUCACUGGGAACCAACGGAGACAGCAGCGCCUUGCGCCCUUACGUUGUUGACGUGGGAAUGAAAGCUUCACAAACUGACGGCAUGAAAAUGGAUUCCAAAGGUGUUUUAUUCUACGGACUGAUAGGGAACUCGACAAUUGCUGAAUGGAAUUCCACAUACGAUUUCCAUGUCGGCCAACGUACCAUCGCUCGGGAUCCAACAUUCAUCCAAUGGGUUGACCGUUUCGCGUUCGACGGCAGCGGCAACGUCUAUGUAGUCGUGAACAGGCUGUUCAACUUCGUCAAACAGCAGGUGUCACUGAGCGAAGUCAACUAUAGAAUACUGCGAUGCUACACGGGGUCUAAGAGUUACGUGUUCGGCGACAACCUGUCGGCUGAGUCGGAGUACAAUGCGGCGGCAAUGCCGACAUUGGCCGUCUCUCUGUUUAUGGUGAUGUUCGCGCACCUGCUCGCCUAGUCCUCGCAGCCCAGCUCGGUCGCGGUCCCGACGCGGCCCUGACCCUGAAAGCCAGUGACCAGUUACGCGACACGGACUGAUAUGAUGCGUAACAUAACCAAAUAUUAACAGUUACCUUGACCGAUGGGUCAACCCAGUGAUAAUGCUAGUAGUUAUAGGUUUAUUUCUGGAGAGAGUGUCGCUCGAUACUGCGCGACCUUAUUCCGAUAGGUUGCAGUCCCAGUGAACUGAAGAUGAGUCUAUGUUUACUUCAAUGCAUGCGAGGCGAAAGGUCGAGGCCAUUUGCCAAAUGCCUCGCCUCUCUUAACAAUAAACAUUCCAAGUAUAUUGUAUAGGUGCAUCUUAAUGCGACUUUUUGUACCCAGUUACUAUAAAUAUAAUAUAUAUCUUAUAAGCGUCAUAAAUAUGUAAAUUAGGAGGGAAAAAUACAAAAAACUUAAUCUGAUGACGUAAUCUCAAUCAAAAACAAAGCCAGUAGAACUGCCACCUUUAUCAGAGAACAAUAAAAAUGUUUGCAAAUUUGAUAUUUACUUAGUAAAUCUUGUAUUUUCAUAAUAAAUAUUAUAUCCAUCUAGAUUGAAAACAAGCUCUGUAAAGAUAUUCUUUUGAUGUUUAACGAAAAUCACUAGUCUGUAUCAGAAUUAUUUCUUUCAAGCAAAACUAAGUACAUAAGUAUCUUAAUGGUUUUUAAAUCAAUAUGAGCUUUGUAAAAAAAAAAACAUUUAAAUUAACACAAGGAAAUAGUAAGUUACCUUUUGUUACUUACAAUGUGUUUGUUAACUUGUAGCCAAAAAAUUCCCACAUUUCAAAACAAUCAUGUUACCAAUGUUAUUGUGACUAGUUUUAGGUUUAACUUAAUCUGUUUAUUGUAUAACUAAAUGUAACUAAAUUGUGCGUCUGAUGUAUGAAUGAGGUGACUGAAUUUUAAAUAAACGUGUUUCUCAAAU